CAGGACAAGGCAUUGCUUGCCGAAAGCUAUUGCUCGAAAAGGGGCAGGCCGGCCGUCUCGUGGGCCGGUGCGGCGGCGAGUUUCUAGUCCUACUAGCUUGUGCUCCAGUCGAGCUAAUAGCUUGGCUGCCAUGGAGGUCGCCGUCGAGAGGCCGACGCCGGUGAAGGAGGAGAAGAGAGUCGAUGCUAAGCCGGAGAUGGCAGCGUUAGGAAGCGCUCUCCCGAUCGUCUUCGAAAGCUUCCCAUCAACGCAAAGCGACGCAGGCAUCAAGCAGGAACAACGCACGCUAGAGGCGGCCAAGGCGGAGAUGGGCGAGGUGAGGGAGGAGAACGAGCGCCUCAAGACGAUGCUGUCCCGCAUCGUCAGCCAGUACCACUCGCUGCACACGCACUUCCUCGACGUCGUCAAGGUGCACGAGCAAACAGCCAAGGCCAAACUCCCCGUCGCGCCGGCGCCGGCGUCCGCAGCCGAUGUCGACGACCCCGACGAUCUCGUGUCCCUGAGCCUCGGCACGAGGUCCAACGGCGCCCGCCGCAAGGGCCACGAGAGGUCCUCGUCCUCGUCCGGCACCGCCGAGACCACCGCCGACGAAGGCCAGCUAUCCCUCGGGCUCGGCAUCGCGCGGGGCAGCGGGCUGUCCGCGGACGACGACAAGGCGAGCGGCGCGUCGGCGGCGCCCGUCCUGAACCUGAGCUCCGACAGCAGCAGCGCCGGCGACACCGCUAAGCCUGCCCAGGACGCCGACGCGUGCCCGCCUGGUACGGCGCGCAAGAGCCCGAGCGCCGGGGAGGGCGCCGACGACGAGGUCCAGCAGCAGGCCAAGAAGGCUAGGGUUUCUGUCAGGGUCAAGUGCAACACUCCCACGAUGCCCGAUGGUUGCCAAUGGCGGAAGUAUGGGCAGAAGAUCUCCAAGGGGAACCCCUGCCCGCGCGCCUACUACCGCUGCACGGUGGCGCCCCACUGCCCGGUGAGGAAGCAGGUGCAGCGGUGCGCGGAGGACACGUCGAUCUUGGUCACCACGUACGAGGGCCAGCACAACCACCAGCUCCCGCCAACGGCAACGGCCAUGGCGUCCACGACCUCCGCCGCGGCGGCCAUGCUCACCUCGGGCUCCACCUCCUCCUCCCCGGCCUCGCUCGCCCACGGCCACCACCUCCCGCUCGCGGCCGCCGGGCUGCUCGGCCCGACCACCAUGGUCUCAACCGCCGCGUCAUGCCCCACCAUCACGCUCGACCUCACGACCCCGGCGGCGCCGCACUCCCUCAUGCACUCCUCGUCCUAUGCCGCCGCCGCCGCGGCCGGCUACGACUCCAAGGCGGUCCCGGCGGCGUGGAGCAGCGGGUACCUGGCGUACGGAGCUGCACCUCCGUCGUACUACGGCAAGAGCUCGCCGGCGCUGGGGCACCUGUUCGGCGGCGGCCUGGGCGGGUCGUUGAGGCCGGAGCAGCUGUACGGCGCCCAGUCGUACCUGCAGAGCACGAGCAGCCUCGGGGGCGGCCAUGGCGCGGUGGCGCCGGCCGUCACGGACACGCUCGCGAAGGCGAUCACGUCAGACCCGAGCUUCCAGACUGCGCUGGUGGCAGCGAUCACGUCGGUCAUGGGGCGCGGCGGAGGCGCCGCUGCUCAGAAGUGAUGCACGCACGCACGAAUUAGAUUUUGUGUAGGACAGUGGUUCGUAUGUAAUUAAUAAGUGCAUCGUGGUUAAUUUACUUUGUUGAUUGGAUUAGUUUUGGAGCUUUUAGUAGUCAUUGGCUGGAGAAGAAAUGGUAAUCAUAUCUAUGUAGCAGGGAUCAAGUGAUCAAACGAUGUACAUAGAGCGGAUGAGUAAACUGUAUCUACCAUGAUUGGGUGGAAUUAAAGAAGUUUUGAUCAGGUUGUUCCAGCUAGCUAAA